AUGCUAGGACCUGCCUUAUCCGAUGCUUGGGCGAGACCAUUGGCAACACCAUGGCGAAGCCAGAAAGCUUUAGGCAACACCACAACUGACCUAGAGAAAGAGAGAAGCAAUGGGCGGGAGUCCUAUGGUGCCUUGGCGGUUGGCGGCACCUUCUAUGCAAAGCUCUACGUAAAAAGUGAAGAAGGCAAGGGCGACACCUUCUUUGUAAAUAGAGGGGAUCUAGGCGAUGUUGGUGCGACCCGAGCAGGCGAUGUCUUGCAUAAUCAUCUAUACCAGGGCUCUGCAGUAAUGGAUGGCAGUGCUAGCUUAAAUAGAACACCAUGGCGAAGCCAGAAAGCUUUAGGCAACACCACAACUGACCUAGAGAAAGAGAGAAGCAAUGGGCGGGAGUCCUAUGGUGCCUUGGCGGUUGGCGGCACCUUCUAUGCAAAGCUCUACGUAAAAAGUGAAGAAGGCAAGGGCGACACCUUCUUUGUAAAUAGAGGGGAUCUAGGCGAUGUUGGUGCGACCCGAGCAGGCGAUGUCUUGCAUAAUCAUCUAUACCAGGGCUCUGCAGUAAUGGAUGGCAGUGCUAGCUUAAAUAGAGAAAGAACCCCAAGAGGCGAUUCCAAGAGCAGGAACCUAAUGGGCAGCGCCAGAAGCAAAGGUGGAGAGGGCCCAGGUGGGAAGUUGGGCGCAACAGGCGUGGCAGGCUGGGGCACUGGCACUGGCACUGAGGCUAGGAUGUAG